AUGAGUUUCCUAAAUAAUGUAAGGAUUUUUAUUUUAAUAGUGUUCUCAAAUUAUAACUUUGUUGGAAGCGCUGCGCUUUCAUUGCCAGCUGCACACACAUGCAUUAUAGGCGGCGGAUAUUCAGGCCUUGCGGCCGCGCGAUAUUUAAAGGAAUUUGGAGUGAACUUCACUGUGUUUGAAGCUGCUAAAACCUACGGUGGUACUUGGCGCUUUGAUCCUCAUGUGGGAGUGGAUGAAGAUGGAGUACCUGUGUAUACUAGCAUGUACAAAUAUCUUAGAACAAAUACUCCCAGACAAACUAUGGAAUUUGGAGGCUACCAGUUUCCGAGCGACACACCUUCCUAUCCUUCAGGACCUUGUUUCUAUAGAUAUAUAAAAUCAUUCGUUAAACAUUUCAACUUGCUACCAAAUAUCCAAGUCCGCAGCUUAGUGAUGUCAGUAAGGUUUUUCAAUGAUCAAUGGUUCUUAACGUACAUGCACACAAAGGAGAGAAAGAACUACACUGUAUCAUGUGAUUUUGUAGUUAUCGCUAAUGGCCAGUAUGUUAAACCAAACAUACCCAAGUUUCCGGGUUUAGAAACGUUCAAAGGGUCAAUAAUUCACAGCCACGAUUAUAAAGAACCAGAAAGAUAUCAAAAUCGCAGAGUAUUGUUGAUUGGCGCUGGACCUUCAGGACUCGACCUGGCUCUACAUUUGAGCAAUUCUACUGCUAGAUUACUUCACAGCCACCACUUAUCAUAUAAUCAGCCUGAUUUUGGCAAAAAUUUCGUUAAGAAGCCUGAUGUAAAGACUUUUGUUUCUGAUGGAGUUAUUUUUGUAGAUGAUACGUUUGAGGAAGUAGAUGACGUCAUAUUGUGCACAGGUUACGAGUUCUUACACCCGUUCUUAGAUUCAAGCUCGGGUUUGACGUUAUCAGGCAAAUAUGUUUUGCCUUUACAUCAAAGUAUAGUAAACAUUAGACAUCCUACCAUGACUUUUAUUGGAGUAGUCAAAAAAGUCAUUACCCGGGUCAUGGAUGCUCAGGCGGAAUACAUAGCAUCUUAUAUUGCGGGUAAAUUUAAAUUGCCUUCCCAAGACGAGAUGUUAAAAAUGUGGUUGGACAAAGCUUACCGACUUCGAGUACGAAAACAGAAAAUAACUGAAAUCAAUACAAUUGGGCCAGAUAUGGACCAAUAUUUUGCUAAUUUAACCAAAGAAGCCGGUAUCACGAGGGUUCCACCAGUACUCUCCGAGAUAAGAGACUUCAAUGCUCAAAAUCGAUUGGACGAUUGGCUUCACUAUAGGGAAUAUGAUUUUGAAAUAAUUGAUCCAUAUAAUUACAAACGGUCCUAUGCAGGGAGUCCACCGGAGAAAUGCCCCGUUGAAGGUCAAGAUGAA